AUGGCCGCCCACUUAGAAGGGGAUAGUGAAGAUGAAGAUACACAACAAGAAAUGGAGUCCGAAAUUGAUCCAGAAACUGAAACUUUUGAAAGUGAAGAAAUUCCGACAUUGACGUACUAUUUCCAAAGGAGGAAUUGGCGGAUAGAAUUGCUGAGCAGUAAUAAGUUACAGCCAGAAGAGUGUCUGACAGAUUCCAGUGUAACAUCAGUUGCAUCAUCUGUAAUUGAAGCUGCACCUUCUAUUGUGCCUCUACCAGAUCUUUUAAAUAAUAGUGCAAAAGGAAAAAGAUUACUCGAGUUUUAUAAAUGCAAAUCUGUUUUACGAGAGGAUCACAAAAGUGAUUUAAUCGAAAUAAUUAAUGAACAUUACAUCAACAAAAACCAGCGGUUAUCUCUCAAGCUUCAAGAAUAUUUUGCCGAGGAAAUAACUAAACUAUUUCCUACAGAGUUAAAAAGUACUUAUUUUCAAAAACGAGAGCUAGGAAAAAAUCCCAAGGGAAAGUUGUACAAUAGAGUAAGAAAUAGUUACACAUGUUUAAAGCGAAAAGGCUUAUUGUCCAUCCAAACACCUAAGGCAAAAGGAAAGAAAACUCCACCUAAUGAAGAGUUGCCUGAACAUUCUCAAAGAAAUUCUUUAGAUUCAUUAGAUUAUAAUUCUGGCAUAACCGAUGAAGCAGAAUUCAACUGUAUCAAAUCAUGGUUAAAGUACAACACGCAUGACCACUGUUGGGACGAAGUACUUAAGAAAUGGGACAAAACUAGCCACGGCAGGUUAAAGGAAUGUUAUUCAAAACCGACAACAGAGCUAUUUGUGGAGUGGCCUUUAUAUAAGCACGGUCUAAUUGAAACGGAUUUUAAGCAUAUGUAUCCAGGAAAAGAAAGUAAUCUUUUUGAAAAAUGGACAAUUUUCGUCAAUAAAAUUCAUCAAUAUUUCCCCUCCCAUGUAAAGGACAAAUCCGGAUUAGCAGAUAUUCAAAAAUUAGUUGAUGUUAAAAAUGAUAGUGUGUCAAUAAAACACCUACACAUUUCACGAAACAUUUCACAUACCCUAUGUUAAUUUCCUUCUUUUGUUAUAGAUUCGAGAGAUUUUCUGACAAUAAAAAUAUUGCAUUGCAUUUCAAAACCAACUGCAAUUAUAAAAAUAAUAAAAAAGGGAGACAAUCCGAAAAAAAACUGGAAACCAAGUAUUCUCGAUUCCCAAUACAGUCAAGUGCUCGAAGUUACAACCAUAAAUGACUUGCAAAGAAAAAUUGAAGAAAGGAAGUGCAAGUACGAGAAAAAUAAUUUGCAAGUUCAACCUUUCAUAAUCGUGGUUGGUGAAGAGUGUAUAAAUUUGUUAGAAUUUUACGUAUGAUUAUGUAAACGAUCCAUUAUUAAUAUGCAAAGCGAUACCAAGGAAGUUCCAGAAUGUUUCACCUUGAAGCACGGACUCGCCAAGAGCGAUAGAUUAAAGCUACUAGAUUUGUACGAAAUUCAGUCUAAUUGCGAGGGAUUAAUUCCCCCUCAGGUAAAUCCAGAGGUCAUGGCGCUAAUGUCGGCGGCCUAUUCUAAUAGGGACAAAGCUCGCGCAGAACAUCAAUUACAUUUGAGUAAAGGGCUAACGGCCUUAGGAAAAGGUCUUUCUAUGCUUUUAGACGACAGCGAAAACAUCCCUAAACCUCUCAUCGAGAAGAUACUUACAUGUUUUUCUGACGCGGGAAGGAUCUUAACCGAUCUUUUCUUCAAAGAAUCUUUAAGACGCAAAUCUCUAAUUAGCCCAAUUCUUAAUAAACAAACCAAAGAUAUCGUGGAUCAAACCGAAGUACUUCGCAAAAAUUCACGAAGUUUUACAGGGGAGGUAAGCGAUCCUUUCCGACAACACGACAAACUUUGUCGGAAAACAGACAACGCCCGAUCCGUCGUCCGGGGAACACAGAUCAGCGCAAGGGGCACCCCAAAAAGGAGUGGACGAGCCAACGGGACCGAUUUCAAAGGAGAACGUAAACAAGGUUCAUGAGCUGUCGAGACUAGGUGGUACCGAGGAAUAUAGUUUCGUAGCCAGAACAUUAGGGAGACUAAUAACCAACAAACUGGCUAGUGAGUUUAGUUAUCUGGGAAAGCGAACCAAAAAACCAUUUAACAAAUUAACAUUAAAUAAACUUGUAAUAGAAGCUGGGAUGCUACUAUUCAAAAACAGUUCCCAAGACAUUUUUGAGAAAGCAAUUUCAAAAUGGCUUAAAAGAGCAAAGGAAAGGAAAUGAAUUUUUUGUUACAUUGUUUUAUAUCUUGGACGUUUAGAUUUUGAA